AUGAGCCUAUCUCCCACGCACGAUCCUGAAUCUCCCUAUUAUCUUGAUCCAGAUUUUCGACCGGAAAACAAGCUCUCUACGGUUAUACUCCGCGAAGCCGAAGACAACUACUUCAUAUGGAAAAGAGAUGUUCUUGAAUCCCUUCGAAUCAGGAACAAAACAGGUUUCGUCGACGGCACCCUUGUUAGACCCGACCCUUCCUCACCGUUGCACGACGCAUGGAAACAGUGUAACGAGAUGGUCGCAUGUUGGCUGCUAAACUCGGUGAGCCCAGCGUUGCAAUACUGUGUUUUUCGCCAAGACAGCGCAAAAAUCCUGGGAUGA